AUGUUUUCAAAGCUAAAGAACUAAAAAUCUCUUUCAAAAACUAAGAUGCUCUACAAAUUAUUAGAAUAAACAGAAUUAUAUUAACUUACUAAAGAAAUCAUGGAAAAAGAUUUAAAGGAAUGUUGGUAAUUUUGUCAAAUUUCUACAAAUGAUUUUUAAGAAAUUCCUAUUUCUAAGGUUCAUAAAUUUUUGUUCAAAGUAGAUAAAAUUUUAAGUAAUCCUUUUGAUUUACUCAUGAAGUAGAAAAUUAAAAAUUUACUAAUUUAAUUGUUUGCAUAAGGAACACAAGUACCUUAAAUAUUUGGAUGCCUCUAAUUCUAAGGAAACUAAGCUAUAAUAGCAUGUAAUCUCACAAUUGAACAGUAAUUAAAAUCUAUGAUAAAAUCAGAUUACAAAGCUGAACAUAUUGAUAGUUAUUAUAAAGAACUUUUAAUGAAUUCUGAAGAAUUAUUAAUACAAAUAACAUUGAACUAUUUAUAUGAAGCUAUGAUGGAAGAAAAUUUAUUAUUAAAAUUAAAAAGCAAUUAAUAAUUAGAUUAAAUCUAUAAAAUUACUAAUUAACUCAACAAAUAAAAAUUUUCUAGAAAUGGUUAAAAAAUAAUUGAAUUAAUCUAAAAUAUAAAGAAAAGAGUAUAUUCUUCAUAAGAUCAAGUUAUAUAAAUAAAAUCAAUUGAAUAAAAUCAAAAUAGUAAUUAAAAUUAAUUAAAUAGUAAAAACUAAUAAAAUAAUAAAAUUUAAUAAAAUAGUAAAAAUAAACAAGUUAAUCAUAUUUAAAAUAAUAGUUAAACCUAACAAAACAAUAAUCAAAAUAAGUAGAUUAGUUAAAUUUAGCAAAAUAUUCUGAAAUAAUAACUUAAGCAUAAAGAAAAGAUCAAUUAAACAGAAAAAAUUAGCUUAAUAGAACAUAUUACUCAAAAAGAACCGAUUUAUCAAAAAGAAAUUAUUAGUUAAAAUUAGCAAAAUAGUUAAAUCUAACAGAAUAGCUUAAUUUAAUAGAAUAGUUUAAUAUUAUAAAAUGAGCAAUAAACAGAUAAUCAGACUGGUGCUCAAGAGAAUGGGAAAUACUUUAUUUUCAAAAUAUUGCUAUUAUUAUUAUUAAAAUCAGAAAUAGCUUUACCAGAUAUAAUAAAAUUAUUUAAAAUAAGUUAUGUAUGUAAAUAAUAAGAUAUGGAAGAUAGAAAAGGUUUUAUUAAAGUUUAUAUUACCUAAUAGUUGAUAUUUUAAAUUAGUUUAAUGGUUAAAAUUAAGUAGGAUGCAGAAUUAUUAAAAAUAAAUUCAUCUUUAUCUUAUUAUGAUGAAUCAAGUAUAAGAGCAGUUAAAUAAGCAAUUAAAUAGCAUUUUCCAGAGUAUGAAUUUAUAAAGUUCAAUUAAGUUAUAAAAUAAUAACUUGAAUUAUUAUUGAAAAAAUUUGAUGAAUAUCAAUAAUAGAUAUGUGCAACAAUGGAAGAUAAUAAUGUGUAAUCUGUAUUAAAAAGGAUUUACAAAAUUUGUGGGAAAUAUUUUUAAAAAAUUGAGGCUGGAGUUAUUACAUUUUAGAAUGCUUAACAAAAAUUUUAAAAAAAUAAUAUGUUAGAAAUAGGAUAUUUACUUUAUUAAAUAUAACUUAAGAUAGAUUAAAAAAAUAAUAAAUAGUCAAUAAUAAAAUAUUCAAAAGAAACUUUAGAAGAAUAAAAUAAUGAUUAAUAGAUGAACUUUUAAAGAUCUAUAUAUGAAAAGUAAUUAAUUUAAUAUGGAAUAAUAAAUCCUAUAUUUUUUAAAUUCAUUAAACAUUUAACACAAAAUUAGAUUCCUUUUCCAUAUGUAUUUUAAUUUCUAAAAAUGGGAUGUCAUAGAUUAAUAAUUCAUUAUAGAAUAGAAUCAACAAGAAAAUUAACUUUAAAAAAAAAGUUCAUUGAAUUUGUAAAAGAGAAUUAUGAUCUUGCAAUGACUUAAGAUAGAUAUAUAAAUGUAGAAUUAUUAAAAACAAUAGAUACAGGAAAAUAUGUAAGAAAAGAGGGGCUUGCAUGGCCAUUAAUAUUAUUUUAAUAAUGUAAGCUUAUUUAUGAGAGUAAAGAAAGAUUCAAAAAAAAACUUUAAUAAUUAGGUAGUAAUAAGGAUUUUCAAGAGAUAAUUUAGCAAUAUGUUGGUUAAGUAGAAUAAAACAGUAUAAAAUUCAAAUUAUAGCAAUAUUUAUUAGAAUUGAAUAAUUAUAUAAAAUAAUUAAAUAACUGA